AUGGAUCCCAGCGAACUCAAACAAGAGGGCAACGAGCACUUUCGCGGGCAGCGAUGGGAGCAAGCACUCGCCGCGUAUCGCACCGCGCUUGGCCGGCUCCCCAAACGACGGAAACUGCCAGAACCCAAGCCUGUCCCGCCAGACGACGAUGAGGACAUUCAAGAAUCUAAUCAAGAGGAAGAAGAGCCACAAGAGCUAACUCCCGAAGAGUUGGAACACGCGAAAACGCGUGCAGUGUUGAAUGCCAACAUCGGUGCUUGCUAUGUGAAGCUGGAAGACCACAAAUUAGCGGUCGAAGCCUGCACUGAGGCCCUGUUGGACGAUCCAAACUAUGCCAAAGCAUUGCAGAGACGCGCGGCGUCAAACGAGAAACUUGGCACAUGGAGCUCGCUAACCGCAGCACAAGAAGAUUACAACACGCUUCUCAAAUUAGGCGAUCCAUCGGUUGAGCGGAGUCUGGCCGCGUUGAAACCACGCUUGGAGGCGGCACAGAAGAGGGAAACAGACGAGAUGUUGGGCAAGCUGAAGGGCAUCGGGAACAGUAUUCUCGGCAACUUUGGCUUGUCGACAGACAACUUCCAGUUCGUGCCGAAUGGUGAGGGAGGGUAUUCGAUGAAUUUCACGCGGUAG